ACUGGUCGCCGGCCCGGCAGCCUCGUCCCGAGUCCCGAGUCCCGAGUCCGGAGCGCGCAGCAGCGCACCGCCGAUCGCCGCCUGUCAGGAUUCACGCGGACGCGCCGGCGUAAGGCGCUAACGAUGUCUCGGCCAGGUCGCAGUCCACCAAGGACCGGAGCGGCAUGAGCGGGCCGGGAGCUUCGGGCGCGGGCCUCGGCUGCAUCGCCGAGUGCACCAGCGGCCUCACGGCGGACGAGCUGGACCGUAUCACCGACCACGUGCAGUGCACCCUGAGCAGCGCCCAGGGCCGCAGGAUCUUCCGCCAGUACCUGAGCGAGGCGCGCAGGCGCACCGACGUGGCAUGCCUCGAGCUGCACGAGCAGUGCUGCCGGGCUCUCGACGACGAGCGGCUCUCUCGGCCGGGCCAGGAGGCGGCGGGCGUCGAGCCGCUGCUCACCGACGUGGGCCGAGCGCUGAGCCUCGCUGAGGAUCUCGACGGCGUGCCGGAGAUCGACCUCGCGCUUCUGGAGCGCUACACCGAGGCGCUGGAGUCGCGCUCGAGAGACGCUCUACUCGCCGUCCUCGAGGAGACCAAGUCCCGGCUGAUGAACCAUUUGCGCCAGGCCCACAAGGGCUUCCGUGCCUACGCCAAGCAGCCUCGUCCUAGGACCGGCUAGCCGUCCUCCUGCUGGCUCGUCUCGUUGCGAGCCUCUCGUGGCUCAGCGUCUACUCCUUAGCAAUCUCUGCUACUCGCCAAGUGCAUUUAACCAACCCGCUCCAGUCUUUCAUCCUCUAUCGAUUCGCUGUUCGAGUGGGCACCUCGAUAGUCUUGCCGAUUUGCUUUCGGCGCGACUAAAUAGUAUGCGCGCACGUAUCAAUUGGCAACUCUGUCAAACAACGUUCAAUCCUAAGCAAACAAUACUUUCAGGAAAGACAACUCAACGAAUAUCCCGGCGUAUUUGUCAAUAAAAAUCAAAUAUAUAAAUAUA